GCGCGGGUGGCGGCAGCGGGGGCUGGCCGUGGCGGCAGCCACCCCAGUGCUGCCCCUGUGCGGCGCCCCUUCCUCGCUUCGCCGCGCACUGUUGUCAUGGAGGAACCAAGAUGGCGGCUCUGGCCUACAACCUGGGCAAGCGGGAGAUCAACCACUACUUCAGCGUGAGGAGCGCCAAGGUGCUGGCGCUGGUGGCCGUGCUGCUGCUCGCGGCGGGCCAUCUCGCCUCCCGCCGCUACCGAGGCAAUGACUCGUGUGAAUACCUUCUCUCAAGUGGCAGAUUUCUUGGAGAGAAAGUUUGGCAGCCACACAGCUGUAUGAUGCACAAAUACAAAAUCAGUGAAGCAAAGAACUGCCUUGUAGAUAAACAUAUUGCAUUUAUUGGAGAUUCCAGAAUUCGCCAAUUGUUUUAUUCUUUCGUAAAAAUAAUUAAUCCUCAAUUCAAAGAAGAAGGAAAUAAGCAUGAGAACAUUCCAUUUGAAGACAAGAUUUCUUCUGUUAAAGUGGAUUUUCUGUGGCAUCCGGAAGUUAACGGUUCUAUGAAGCAGUGUAUCAAAGUGUGGACUGAGGAUCCCAUUGCAAAGCCCCACGUGAUUGUAGCAGGAGCUGCCACGUGGUCCAUCAAGAUUCACAAUGGGAGCAGUGAAGCGCUUUCACAGUAUAAGGUGAACAUCAGCUCCAUAGCACCACUGCUAGAGAAACUGGCGAAAACUAGUGAUGUUUAUUGGGUGUUACAAGAUCCCGUCUAUGAAGUUCUGUUAAGUGAAAAUAGGAAAAUGAUCACGAAUGAGAAGAUAGAUGCCUACAACGAAGCAGCAGUCAGUAUUUUGAAUAGUAGCACCAGAAAUUCCAAAUCCAACGUUAAGAUGUUCAGUGUUUCCAAGCUAAUUGCUCAAGAAACCAUCAUGGACUCUUUGGAUGGCCUGCAUCUUCCUGAAUCAAGCCGAGAAACUAGUGCAAUGAUUCUCAUGAAUGUUUACUGCAAUAAGAUCCUGAAACCUAUAGACGGCUCCUGCUGUCAGCCGCGGCCGCCGCUCACGCUCCUCCAGAAGCUGGCUGCUUGCUUUUUCACUGUAUCUAUUAUUGGAUAUUUAAUUUUUUAUAUAGUCCAUCGUAAUGCUCACCGUAAGAACAAACCAUGUACUGAUUUGGAAAGUGGAGAGGAAAAGAAAAAUCUCGUCAGCACCCCCGCAUGUGCGUUAGAAACACUCUUGCAGUCCCUCUGCAAGCUCGGCCUGAUCAUGGCUUACUUCUACAUGUGUGACCGCGCAGACCUGUUCAUGAAGGAAAACAAGUUUUACACACAUUCAUCCUUCUUUAUCCCAAUCAUCUACAUCUUGGUUUUGGGAGUAUUUUACAAUGAAAAUACUAAAGAGACAAAAGUGUUAAACAGAGAGCAGACGGAUGAGUGGAAGGGCUGGAUGCAGCUGGUGAUUCUGAUCUACCACAUCUCGGGAGCGAGCACGUUUCUGCCCGUGUACAUGCACAUUCGAGUUCUGGUUGCUGCCUAUCUGUUUCAGACAGGGUACGGACAUUUCUCAUAUUUCUGGAUCAAAGGAGACUUCGGAAUCCAUAGAGUAUGUCAGGUCUUGUUUCGUCUCAAUUUCCUGGUGGUGGUGUUAUGCAUAGUAAUGGAUCGGCCUUACCAAUUCUAUUACUUUGUCCCCUUGGUCACUGUAUGGUUCAUGGUCAUAUAUGUCACUCUAGCACUGUGGCCACAAAUAACCCAAAAAAAAGCAAAUGGAAAUUGUUUGUGGCAUUUUGGUUUGCUAUUGAAAUUGGCCUUUUUGCUGCUGUGCAUUUGUUUUUUGGCAUAUUCUCAGGGUGCAUUUGAGAAGAUCUUUUCUCUCUGGCCGUUGUCCAAGUGCUUUGAGCUGCAAGGGAAUGUGUACGAAUGGUGGUUCAGAUGGAGGUUAGACCGUUACGUUGUCUUCCAUGGGAUGCUGUUUGCUUUCAUUUAUUUGGCUUUGCAGAAGCGUCAAGUUCUUUCUGAAGGAAAGGGUGAACCUCUGUUUUCAAACAGAAUGUCAAAUUUUCUGUUGUUUAUCUCAGUAGUUUCUUUCCUGACCUACUCCAUCUGGGCCAGCAGUUGUAAAAACAAAGCAGACUGCAAUGAGCUGCACCCGUCUGUUUCUGUGGUACAGAUUUUAGCCUUCAUCCUCAUAAGAAAUAUCCCUGGAUAUGCCCGUUCAGUUUACAGUUCAUUUUUUGCUUGGUUUGGGAGAAUUUCAUUAGAGCUGUUUAUCUGCCAGUAUCACAUAUGGCUGGCUGCGGACACCAAGGGUAUCCUGGUGCUCAUACCUGGGAACCCUGUGCUCAACAUCAUUGUCAGCACUUUUAUAUUUGUCUGUGUGGCACAUGAAAUUUCUCAGAUUACAAAUGAUCUUGCACAAAUUGUUAUUCCUAAAGAUAAUGCAUCUCUCUUGAAAAGAUUGGCUUGUAUAGCUGCAUUUUUUUGUGGACUCCUCAUCUUAUCAUCCAUUCAAGAUAAAUCAAGACAUUAAAUUCCGAAAAAAUAAAUUCUUCAGGCUUACAUGGAAUCCACAUAGAGGAGCAGAGCAUCUCUCUGAAUGUGUAAACAAACAUGUAGCAGCAGGCCAGUUUGGUGACACUGUCGCCUACGUGGUCGUAUAUACUGGACUUGUAUAUAUCCUCGUGAACUACGGGGGAAAAAAGACGUGAACCGGAACACAUCAUAAAGAACUGCAUGUGAAAAAUGUUUUCUACUGGAUCAAUAUUUCCAUUUGUAAAUGAUUUUAAGUUACCAUAUGAAGGCAGGGAAAUGAUUACCUUUCCAGUAAAAAGUGCAGAUGAUUUAAUUAGCCUAGGCAACACCACCAAGUGUUUUUGACACUUCCUAAACUUGUGGCAAUGAGACUGUCUUCAUCGCUAUUUCAUCAUGGGACAUCCUGCAUCGUUGGAAACUUUGUUACCCAGAAAUGACUGUAGUAUUGUCUGCCUGUCCUACGCGCAGUGGUGUGGAAUGCUAAGCGGUAUGCGUUUUAUUCAUGGGUGUUCAUGUCUGAUACUCUGCUUUCUGCCACGUUUUCCUUCGUGUGGUUCUCAGUGAUGCAAGCCUAAUCCUUGUCCACUUUGUCUCACAGAGCUGUUCUGGGGCUCCAUCACAGGGUUUUGUCAUUGUUGAUGUUGUCGCUGCUUCUUUGUAUGAAAAGGCCAAAUUUUCUUUCUCGCUCAAACAUUUACUUUGUUCCCUUUUUGGAGCUAUACCGGUGUACUAUCGGAUACCCUGUGGAUCCAUUUCAUGUGCUUUACCCGCUUUAAUUUGUAUAUUAUUUCCAAUGUUUGGAAAGCUCUUUAUGGCCAUUUUGGUAUUUCUUAUCAUUCUCCCUCCUAUUUUAAAAAAUAUAUGUAUUUAUGAACCUAAACUUACUCAGUGUAGUAAAGAUCCACAUUGUUAUGAAUCAGUUCUGUGACCAUACUUAGAAUUUUAAGUAAAUUGAUGACUUUGGGCAGUAAAUGUUUUUGUUUUGUUUUGUUUUUACAAGCCAGCUGUUAAAGGUAUACAUUUAUUUAUCUGUUGUACAUAUCUGAUUAUGAUUUUUAAUGUUUGAAAGAUUGCACUUACUUGCUUUUAUGAUGUGUGGGUUAAAAUAUAUUUUCUGUUCAGUAUGUGAAAAUAUGGAGUAAUUUAAAAAGUAAAUAAAUGUUCUGUGGAUGCUUAUUUUUGUAUUGGCAAAGUGUCAAUUAAACCAUAUGUGUUCUUUUAAAAAAAA